UGUCCGCACACAGUCACGUUAUUGGUGGAUGAGUGAUGGGGGAAGUGCUGCUGCUCAGGACGUUAGUUACUUUCUGUCUGUAUUUUUCUUAAAGCCGGAGACAAUAAGAUAUAAAGCGCUAUCUUCAGAGUGUUUUUAGAAUAAGCUAGGGGAAGAAAAACUAACUUUCCCCCCCGGUUUUUGUUGAAGUCGUGUCUUUCCGUCAUGGAGUUUGGUGAAGAGUCGUCGCCCGCUCUGGCUUUCGAGAAGGACGCGUUCGAGCUCACGGUGGAAGAUGUGUAUGACAUUUCCUACGUUAUCGGACGAGAUUUGUUAAAAAUAAGCAACGCAGGCGAAGAAGUGUCGGAUUUACAGUUCAGGAUAGUCCGGGUGCUGGAGAUGUUCGAGACUUUGGUCAACAAGUACAACUUAUCUGUGGAGGAGCUGAAAAUGGAGCGGGACAACUUGAAGAGUGAACUGAACAGGAUCAUAAAGGAGAGCUCGUCCGGGGAGGCCACGCAAACAGUGGGGCCAAACCAGCUGGUGGUGGACCUGACAGACCCCAACAGACCGCGCUUCACCAUGCAGGAGCUGAAGGAGGUCCUGCAGGAGAGGAACCAGCUGAAGGCCCAGCUCAUGGUGGCCCAGGAGGAGCUGCAGAUGUACAAGAGCGGGCUUCUUCCACAGGGGGAACCAGCCAUGGUGGAAGUGGACCUGGAGUCAGAAGAAGCUACAGAGAAAAGUCCGAAAGAGGAGAAGACGACCAUCGGCAAACUGUUUUCAUUCAGGAGAAAAUAAGAAAAGAAACUCUUCAGAAGAAUGGACCAUUGAGACGCCACACAGGAUUAAUCACCACAACUUUACCCUCCUUUAACCACUUUUUUUAUAGACUAUUUUUUACAAUGCGUGUUUGUCAAUCUAACAAGUUGUGUUUGUAAUACUGGAAAUUUUACAGUCACAUGGUUUAUAGUGAAAUAGAGUUCUUGAAGGAGAAAUAUAUUUUAAAAGGAGGGUUUGAAGAAGAUAUCUAAUGAAACUGGAAAGUAUUAUUUAAGUGGUGAACAAGCAUAUAGGAGGUCAUGUUGAUACAUUUACCUAAAAUUAUGUUAUUUAUAAGCUUGAAAAGUUGAUUUUCUUUAAAUCAAGAUCGGGUCUUAAAGGGGCUCCAUGUUGGUGAAAUAGUCUUAAAAACAUUUUUUGUACUGUUAGCUAUCACAUUGAGGUGAACGGGCUCCUUCCUCUAGGAUAUAAAACAUUAAUAAAAUGUUUGAACAUC